UACACUUGGAAAUAAUACCAUAAAGGCUCAUUAUUUUAACCAACUAUUGAUGACAUGCUGGGGAUUUUCACCAAUUCCACUUGAUACUGCUUUUAAAAUGUUCUUUGGCCUGUUAAUGAUUAAAGAUUUGGAUUUCACUCUUUACACUAAAUAUUUUUAUGGAGUCUACUUGAGCGCUGAUCUUUGCAUGGAAAUAACAGAAAAUUCCAAGAAAUGGAAGCCGCUGCCAGUGAAAGAAGAAAAGCUGAGUAUCAUCAGGGUUAAUAGCUCCUAUUUGAGAUCCAUGAAUGAUUACAGAGUUACUUUUCUGUAUCGAACUUUCAAGUUUCAUUAAUAAUAUGCUGCCUCUCCAGGACACAGGUGCACUCACGCUACAAAGGCUAUCGGUUCGUCACGUGGAAUAGAAGAGCUAGAGGAACAAUGGCUUCAAAGGUCUCGUGUUUAUACAUUUUGACAGUAGUUUGUUGGGCAAGUGCUCUUUGGUACUUGAGUAUAACUCGUCCGACUUCUUCCUACACGGGCCACAGACAGGUCAGUAGCAUAUCCAUAGCCAGAAAAAACGUUUCCUUUGGCAACAUAAGAACUCGACCUAUAAAUCCACAUUCCUUUGACUUCCUUAUCAAUGAACCCAACAAAUGUGAGAAGAGCGCCCCAUUCUUGGUCAUUCUUAUCAGUACGACUCACAAAGAGUUUGAUGCAAGGCAAGCCAUUCGAGAAACGUGGGGCGAUGAAAACAACUUCAAAGGAAUUAAAAUCUCCACACUGUUUCUUCUUGGAAAAAAUGCAGAUCCUGUGUUAAAUCAAAUGGUAGAGCAAGAAAGCCAAAUUUUUCAUGACAUUAUUGUGGAAGAUUUUAUCGACUCUUACCAUAACCUCACUCUGAAAACGUUGAUGGGGAUGAGGUGGGUAGCAACAUUUUGUUCAAAAGCGAAGUAUGUCAUGAAGACAGACAGUGAUAUUUUUGUAAAUAUGGACAAUCUUAUUUAUAAGCUGCUGAAACCUAACACCAAGCCAAGGAGAAGGUACUUCACAGGUUAUGUUAUAAAUGGAGGACCAAUAAGAGAUGUUCGCAGUAAGUGGUACAUGCCCAGAGAUUUGUAUCCCGACAGCAACUACCCACCCUUCUGUUCAGGCACUGGCUACAUUUUUUCAGCUGAUGUAGCAGAACUGAUUUACAAAACCUCCCUUCAUACCAGACUUCUACAUCUUGAAGAUGUGUACGUUGGACUCUGCCUUCGGAAGCUGGGCAUUCACCCCUUCCAAAACAGUGGCUUCAAUCACUGGAAAAUGGCCUACAGCUUGUGCAGGUACCGCAGGGUGAUCACAGUGCACCAGAUAACACCAGAAGAAAUGCACAAAAUUUGGAAUGACAUGUCCAGCAAGAAACACCUUAGAUGUUAAGAUUUUUACAGAUGUAAAUACCUUUUUUUAAAUUUUGGUUGAGUUUGGUUAUUUUUUGACAAAGUGAUCUGCUGACUUACAGGUUAAACUGUGGGAUAUUAACUGUGAGAGGCUUUUUAAUGACUGAUUUUUCAUUCUCACUUUGACUACUGGUUUACAAACUUCAGGCUCUUUUUCAUAAGGACAUUAUGCCAACUGAAAGAAUCUGGAGUCAAAUCUCAGAUUUUGUAAAUUAUCAUCUAUUGCACAUAUCCAUUCUUACAUCUGUGUGUAAAAGGACAGUAAUAAACUAUUAUGAGCUGCUUAACAAUUCACAUCCCAGCCUCUGAGAUAAGACUCAGGCUCUAAGAAAUGAAGAAUUACAAAUAUACUUUUAUUCUCCUUUUGACACCCUACAACCGUCUCUAUUUAGAGCCUUGUUAAUAAAUUAAGCAGCAUACAUUUGCACUGAAAUGAUGUACCUACUUUGACAUGUGUAUUUUAUAGUACUUGUGCAAUUCCCAAAUAGCUUACUAAUGGUGUAAUAGCAGAAUAGCAGAAUUUAGGUAAGAACAUCAAAGUUUCAUUGGCCUUAGAAACAAACCCACACACUGAAAUAUAUUUUCAUCCACCAAAUGGCAUUAUUUUAAAUUAUUUCAGAAUAGCCCAUUUCUUUACACUUCUUAAAUGGCCCAUAAAAUAUGUAACACAAUUUAAAAAUUAAGUAAAUCUGUAGGUGAAAUAAGGCAGGGGAGAUGUAUGAAAAACUAUCUUUAAAAUAUAUGAGAAAAGCAUGAAUAUCUUAACUCUUAAUUUCAAAGCAAGGCAAUGUCUGUCAUUAGUAUUAAUGGAUUCUCCAUUAAACACCUUGAAUAGCAAUAUAU